UCAAACGACACUUUUUCAGACACCUGAACUCUUCAAGACAAUGUUUCUCUUGCUUGUUUUUCUCUCUUUGUUCUUUUGUUGUCUGGUGGAUGAAGUGAAGUCCGUGUCAGUGAUGGAGGGAGAUUCUGUCACUCUGUAUAAUAAUGUUACAGACAUACAGAAAGCUCAUCUGAUACUGUGGAGUUUUGUAACUCGAGGGACUCCGAUCGCUCGAGUCAACAGAGAAGCCAAUCGAGUGUCAGUAUUUGAUGAUGUUCAUGAUGGGAUGUUCAGAGACAGACUGCAGGUGGACGAUCAGACUGGAUCUCUCACCAUCACAAACAUCACAACUCAACACUCUGGACUUUAUCAAAUGACCAUCAGCGGCAAGCAGAAGGCUUCGUAUAGAUUCAGUUUUGCUGUCUAUGCUCGUCUGCCUGUUCCUGUCAUCACCAGUUACUGUCCACAAAACUCUUCAUCGUCUUCAGUGUCAACAUGUGUGUUGUUGUGUUCAGUGAUGAAUGUGUCACAUGUGAGUUUCUCCUGGUACAAAGGAAAGAGUUUAUUGUCCAGCAUCAGUGUGUCUGAUCUCAACAUCAGACUCUCUCUACCUCUGGAGGUGGAAUAUCAGGAUACAAACACAUACAGAUGUGUUUUCAACAAUCCCAUCACAAACCACACACAACAUCUACACAUCACUCAAUUCUGUCACAAGUGUUCAGAAUGCGUGUGCUGUUGUAAUGUUUCUGAAGCUGUGAUCCGAUUGGUCAUCUCAGGUCUGGUGGGGGUGGCUACUGUUGCUGUACUGGCUUAUGACAUCAGAUCUGACGUAAGAGAUGAACAGAAGAAAAGAUCACAGACACCAUCAGACUAUCACUGAUAAAUUGUACGAAUGGUUCUCUUGUUUUUUGACAUUUUGAGUACGUAUUUAUCCACUUUUUAAUGGAUAAAACAAUUGAUGAAGGCUUGAUGUCAAAAUAUGAAUUGGGUCAAAUAUAACUUUUGUCCUAAUUAUAUUUGACCUCAAAUAACUUGACUUAAGAAAUGCUGAUUGAGCAGGCUUAUUUCAUGUAAACAGAAUUAGAUGGCAGCCAUGACACAGUCAAGUCGGCUUCAUUCAUACAAAAGCAACGUGUUGCGCAAGGUACAGGAUUAAUAUAAAGAGCUUUGCAAAUUUAACAUUUAAUCAACGUGAUGUUUUACUUUUAGAACAAUAUUUAUUGUAACAUAAUAUAUUUAGAAUAUUGUUCGGUGACGACGGAAAUAUAUGAAUGAAUAAAUAUCGGGGUUUUUUUCUUAUAAAUUUGUUGGACCUUCAUAUCAAAUAUAUAUAAAAGCACAAACAGUGCUUUUAUGUGUAUAUGAUGCAGGGAAUUUAUAAAAACGCAGUCUGUCCUGCCAUUUGCAAAUUUGUGGUAUUUCAGUCUCUUAAGAGCCCACCUUAUAACUCUGUUUUUUUCUACCAAUAAAUAUGA